AUGCUUUCAAAUCGAGAAGUCAUUAAUAUUUCCGAUGACGAUGGAAGUAACAGCAGCAGCACCAAAGAAGAAAAACCGCAAACGGCAACAACAACAUCAGAAGAACGUUCCAUAGGAGGUGAAUUAGUAUCCAUCUUUUCUAACCUGGAAACCGUUGGUGAUUUUUCUUGUGGAGGAGAAUUGGCAGCGAACUAUGUCAUUCCUGGCUUAACGAUUAAAAAGGAUGAUCAAUUCAUUCCAAUUUCUUUGCCGAUCUGUACUCAUGAACAAGCCAAUACCUUGAUCCAAGUGUGUAGGAAGGCUCCCUAUGGUCUCGGAGAACAAACACUGUAUGAUGAUCAAGUUAGAAAUACAUGGCAAUUAGAUCCAUCACAAUUUCAAUUGACAAAUCCCAAAUGGACACAAUUGGUUCAAGAUUUGGUGAAUAGUAAGGUCAAAAAAGGUCUAGGCAUACCUCCCGAAGUGGACAUUAAAGCCUCUCUCUACAAAUUAUUAUUCUAUGAAAAGGAUGGCCAUUUCAAUUUCCAUAAAGAUACGGAGAAGGAAGAAGGAAUGUUUGCCACACUGGUGAUUCAAUUUCCUUGCAUCUAUACAGGAGGAGAAUUGGUCGUUCAACACAAUGGGCGAGAACAACUCUAUGAUUUUCAAACCAAUUCACAAUUCGGUGCAUUCUAUGCUUCUUUUUAUGCAGAUUUUGUGCCUCAAUUGCAAGAGUUAUUUACGAAAUGGAAUAAUGGAGAAUUUAGAGAAUCAAAAAUCUUGUACAUGUUGGAACAUGAAUACACACAAGCAGGACUCUCUUUUGAUGUCUUAAAGGGAAGCGAUGAAGCUAUUGUUUCUGCAAUCACCAAUGCCAACAGAGACGGGCAACUGGUCGGUUGUGCACUUGGUAUUGUAAAGAAAGUAGAGUCUGGCUCUGCUUCUUGUAGUGGUUACAGCUAUUAUGGUGGUGGAGAUUUCGAAAUGGAUGAAGUGUACGAUGUGACUCUAUCAUUGACGCAUUGUGUGGGAAUGGACAACAAGGUGAAUACGAAUCUGAGAUCUGUUGGAAUUGCUGAUAAAGAAAUAUUUCCAAGGGAUGUAUGGAAAGAGUUAGAGGCUGAUGGUGAAAGUGUGGAAGAAGCAACAGGCAAUGAAGGAGCAACAAUGGAACGAAGGUAUCAUCAAGCAGUGAUCAUUCUGUGGCCAGAGAAGGCUGCUUUCAAUAUGAUACUGGAUAUGGAUAAUCGUGAGGCGUUUCAUCAAAUGUUAAACCUAAUUAAGAAAUGGGAAGUGGAGCAAUCGACAACGAAAGAAGAAUUGAGGCCAAAAUAUAUUUCACUAUUGAACCGGUUAAUCGCCAAAAAAGGAAGGGAUGUGGACAUGAACGAAUUAUUUUACAUGAUUCAGUCUCUAAAUGAUGUUCGUCUAGUGAAAACCUCUUGUAAAAUGUUAACGCACGGUUACCGGUAUCAACAAGAAUUAUCAAAGGAGAAAAUUUUAUUUAUUAUGAGAUGUUGUACAUAUUUUGGGUUGGAGAAGGUGAAACGCUAUGUGAAUGAAAUGAAAUUACCUGCCGACAUGGAAUCUUUGGGUGGACUUGUUCACUCCAUUAAGGAAGAAGGGAAUCCAGCUGCACAAUAUUUAUUCGACAAAUUCAUGUCCAAUCGAUUGAACUAUGUGGCUGAAAAAAAGACAUGGAUCAAAGAAGCACAGGCACUAUUUCACAUGUUCUUGACAAUUGAUCACAAUAAGGGGAUUGAAAUAGUCGCACAAAAUGUAGAGAAUAGCUAUCAACAAAACAAAAAACAAUUAAGUGAUCUUGGAUCCACGUUAUUGAAACUUGGCCAGAGCUUUAACACGAAAUUCUUUGAAAAUGACAAGUUGGUGCAUUUGUUGAACAUGUGUAUUGACGAUCUCAAAGCAGAAACCUCUCCCUCCGUUCCUCAGGCCUCCUACAGUCUCAAUGUGAAACUUAAUUGUACAUGUACAGGUGUGCUGAGGUACAAUCAUUCCUGA